GUUGGUUUCAGAAAGCGCUGGGGCUGAAGGUCGUAGAUAUUGCCAGCAGGGAUUUCCCACUCCAAGAAUCAGAUGUUUGCUCAGAGAGAUCUGAUGGAGUCUAUGGAGGUUACAGGUCUGCUGCCGUUCUGUUCCUAAACGAUAUCUGUUGUCAUGGAGACAGAAGAACUGGAAGAGGUGGAAAGGCAUUGCAGAAAAGCAACCAGUGGUGUCAAAAAAGGCAGUUCUCAGCAGACAGCCUCACAGCCUGGUAUGAAUUCUGAGGAUGAGGAGAAGUCAGAGGGUGCUGACCAUGUGACCCAGGACAGUGAGUCACAGAUUCACUACAUUCCCAUUCAAAGAAAUUCCAAGUAUUAUCGGUCCAUGAGGCUACGGACCAGACAGAAAGAGAGGAAUAACAGAGAGGGAAUGAAUGCUAGGCAUCCUGUAGCUUCACUCAAAAAUGGAGACAGCAGAAGCAAACCUCUGAAUCUGGAUGUAUUAUCUCGCAAGGGACCCUCAGUAUCAGUAAAAUCUGAAGUGAAAAAGUUGGAAGAACAAUGGACACAAAGGCUGCUGCCUUCCUACCCCCGUUGCCGUGGCAACCGCCCGGCCUCCCCCAACCCCGCGCCGCCUGCGGAGUCGCUCGGCAGCCGCCGCUCGGAGCCGGACUCGCCGCCGCCGCCGCUGUCACAACCUCACAUGGAGCUGCUGGCUGCGGCGCUCAGCGCCGCCUGCGCCCUGGACCGCGACGGCUCGGCGGAGAGCGCGGCCGGAGCCUGCCCGGCCGGCAGAGAAUCCCCUUCCACGGCCGGACUAGUGCUUAUCCCUGAUGAGAGCCCCGUGCUCCCAGAGUGCCCAGCUGCUCUCCCUGAAACCCUGCAAAUGAUCCACCCCAUGACAACUGACUCCUGGAAAACCCUCAUUGAACAAAUAG